AUGGCCAAUUUAUGUUUUAUAUGUGAUGAAGAACUAAGUGUUGAAAGUGAAUGUGUAUCUGUAAAGGCUAAGGGCAUAGCAAAUCUUAUAAAUUCGAGUAAAGCGCGAUUCGAUAAUAAAUGGAAGUCUUUAGUGAAUUUAGAAAAUGUACUUGUUCACAAAGAUUGCCGAAAGAAUUACACAAGACCAGACACCAUAAGGAAAUAUGUUAAUGAAAAAGAAGGUACGAGUAACAUAUCACCUGUCAAAGGUAAGCUACGUUCAAAUUAUAUAUUUAAAUUUAAAGAAAAUUGUUUAUUCUGCGACAAAGAAUGUUCAAAAGAAUUGGAAAAAAAAUUGAGUAAGGAACGUCGAGAUAGUAUAGUACAAGUAUCUACCCUUCAUUUUAAAACCUCAAUUAUGGACGUAGCGAACAAAAGAAAUGAUGAAUGGGGUAAAGAGGUGCUCAAACGGUUGAAUAGUGUGAUGUGUUUGGUAUCUGAAGAAUCGAAGUAUCAUAAAUCGUGUGAACGUAGAUUUUGCUCGACAAAUCCAGUCGAUGAAAAUAAGAAAAGAGGGAGACCACAAGAUGAAGAUCUAGCAAACGCUUUUUCCAAUUUAUGUGAUUUUUUAGAAUCUGAAAAUGAAUGUCAAUUUGGUCUAAAUUUUUUGCAUGAAAAAAUGGAAGGAACGUGCGAUGAAAAAACUUUAAAAAAUAAAUUGAUUGAUAAGUAUGGCGACGAUAUAAUUAUUACAACGAGCCGUGGAAAAAAGGCAGUAGUGUGUUUUAAAAAUACAGGAUUUAAAGUAUUAACAAAUGCGUGGUAUAAUUCAAAAAAAGCAAAUGAAGAAGAAGAACGGUUAAGAAUAGUCGAAGCAGCAGCUACUAUUAUACGAGAGGAUAUAAGGUCAUUUGUUUAUGAGAUCGAUUCAUUUCCUCCACCAAAUCAAUUCAUGGAUAAUGUAAAACAAGACGUACCAAAGAGCUUAUUAUUUUUUUUGUCUGAAUGGCUUGGUGUUAUAAAAUGUCCUGGUUGGAAUGGAUUUAUGGAAACUAUAACUGACUCUCAGGAAUACCAAGAAACGCAAAUAAGUUUUUUGCCAUUUGUAAACUUACCACCAAGCUCACUCGAUUGUAUUCAUUCGGUUUUGAUUUUCGCAGCUCAAGAAAGUAAAAAAUUAAACCAAAAAACGUGUUUUGUAACUUUUGACCAACCCUUAUACAUAAAAGCACGCAAUAUUGUUGAAUCCUCUAAAUUAAAUCCACAAAUAGUAGUAAGACUUGGUGGGUUUCAUCUUCUUAUGUCAUUUAUGGGUUCAAUUGGUUACAUUAUGGCUGGUAGUGGUUUGAAAGAAUUAUGGAACACUAUAUAUGCAGCGAAUUCAAUUGAUAAAAUGAUGACAGGACAUGCAUAUUCAAGAGCAGUACGCGCACAUAUGUUAACUCAGCUUUGUCUUUCAAAAAUAAUUUUGGACGAAACUCAGUUAACCGAAGAAUAUAAAAUCACUUUAAAAAAUUAUAUUUCAAAUACAGAUUAUACAACUUUGACUUUGGAAGAUAUAGAAAACCAAGAAAUAAUUCAAGAUCUCAUACGUAAAGUAGAAAAUCAAAUUAAAAUAAUUGCUUCUAGAGGUAAAACUGCUACGCUUUGGAUACAAUAUUUUUAUUUAGUUCAUAUUCUUCGUCAAUUUAUUUAUGCCGAACGCAUGGGAAAUUGGUAUCUGCAUUUAGAAUGCGUGGAAAAAAUGAUACCCUUUUUUCACUCAACUGGACAUUUUCAAUACGCCAAAUCUGCUCAUUUAUAUCUACAGGAUAUGUAUCAAUUAGAAAAACACAUGCAUCCUGGAGAAUUUAAAAAAUUUUGCAAUGAAGGUUACUUCACAAUUAAAAGAUCAAGCAAGUUUUGGUGUGGCACAUGGUCAGAUAUGACUAUAGAACAAACAUUAAUGCGGUCUAUGAAAACAUCUGGUGGCUUAAUCAAUGGUCGAGGUUUUCAAAAUAGUGUUUUAGUUCGUUGGCUUAUAGGCACUCCAGUUGCAAGUACAAUAACCGACCAAAUUGAACAAUUUACAAACACAUUUAAUUUUACGUCAGAGCAACAUGUUGAUCAACGAGAUUCUCGCAUGAAAAUCGAUAACAAACAUAUCGGUAUACUUACAAAUUGGUUAAAAAUACAUAGCCCUUUUCCGGAAUUACACGAAAUUAUGUCAAUUUCAACAGGAUUUGUAGGAAAUGAACAAAUUAAUUGUUAUAAAGCACAAGAAGUCGGCCAACAGACGAUGAACAAUGUUAUAGGUGAUAAUUUUAGUGAUGUCAAGUUACAACGAGCAAAUCGCGUAGUCCCUUUAGAUUUUGCUAAAAAACUAACGGUUUGUAUUAGAGAUGACAUUUUUUCAAUUGAUCCUUUAUUACUCUUCCAAAGAAUAAUGAUAAGAGUUAAGACUGACGAAGAGCUCAAAGAAUGUUUUGAAUACGAGUUAUCACCUAUUCCUCUUUCAUUGUUCGACGAAUCAGGUCAAAUGCGAAAAUCUAAAAAAUCAAUUUUAUAUGAUGUGUUUCUAACUACAACAAACACAUACAAUGUUCUGGACAAAAAUGUUAUUGUAGUAAUCGAUGGAGGUUUCUUAUUGCAUCGUGUUGUAUGGCCUUCAACUUCGACGUAUGGAAAUAUCAUAGAAAAUUAUAUAAGCUACGUGAAAAGACACUAUGGAUCUAACUGCAUAGUUGUAUUUGAUGGAUACGCAAAUACCGAAUUAAAUAUUAAAAAUUCAGAAAGACAGCGACGAAAAAAUAUGUAUACGAGUACAAACAUAAUUUUUGAAGAGUCAAUGGAUGUACUAACCACUCAAGAAAAAUUUUUAUCCAACACCGAGAACAAAAUAAGGCUUAUAACAAUGUUGACUGAAAAGUUUUUGACUUCGGGUAUUCUUGUUCAUCAAGCCGAAGAUGACGCUGAUUUACUUAUUGUCAAUACAGCUAUACGAAACACCGACGAUAAUAUCCAAGUAGUGGUCAUAGGAGAGGAUAUUGAUUUACUUAUACUGUUAUUAACAUUAAGUCCUCCAAAAAACACAAUAAUAUUCGAAAAACCGGGUAGAGGAAAAAUAGAAACAAGAUCUUAUGCUGUUGGAAGUUUACAAGAACAUUUUAAAAAUGAGAUUCAAUAUUUUAUGUUUAUCCAUGCGGUGGGUGGAUGUGAUACUACUUCGUCAUUAUUUCAGACAGGCAAAAUAAAACACCUGAAAACAGUUCAAAAACACCCGGAAUUACACGAUUCAUUAUUAAUAUUUAAUAAUGAAUCGUCAUCGCCCGAAGAAAUUGAAUGUGCUGGAGAAAAAUAUCUUUUAGCAUUAUAUAAAGCUCCAGCCCAUAUUACAUCUUUAAAUAAUUUAAGACAUCAUAUUUUUCACAAAACCGCAGCUUCCAACAAAAAACAAGUACAACUAGCUAGACUUCCGCCUACUAUCGAUGCGGCACGAGAACAUUUACAUAGAGUGUAUUUGCAAAUACAGUUGUGGCGUGGUAAUAGAUUAAAUCCACAGAAUUGGGGAUGGAAAGAAGAUAAUGGCAAACUAAAUCCAGUUUUCACGAAAAAGCCACCAGCGCCGGAUACUCUUUUAAAAGUGAUCAGUUGUGCCUGCGCAAAAACAUGUGAACAAAAUUGUAGCUGUCGAAAAGCAGGAUUGCUAUGCUCGGUUAUAUGCAAGCAUUGUCACGGAGGUUCAUGUUUAAAUCAGCAACCGAUCAUAGAUGAUGUAGAAGAGGACCAUAUUGAUGACAACUUUGAGGACAAUAUCGAUGAAAUAUUUUUAAUUGGAAAUCAAAAAGAAGAAACCAACACACCGACAAUAAAAAAAAUUAGACCCACAUAAUAUAAUUAAUAAGGACCCAAAACCCAACACUAUUUUUAUAUUUAACUUCAUAGCUUAUAGUCUGAAAAAAUAAAAAUAAAUGUAUAAUUUCCAAUUUUUGUAAAUAUUUUAUAAAUUACUGUAUGUAAUUAAUAGUUUCAUAAUUAACUUUUUUUUUAUUUCAAUUUUAUAAAUAUGUAUGUAAAAUAAAAUAAUGUAUUUUCAUUGUAAA